CUGGCCGCUGCGGGCUGGGGGCGCCCUGGGCUUGCCAUAAAGUGAAUGGGCUCAGGCAACGGGUGGCAGUUCGCAGCGAGGUUCACUCUCUCCCUCAGCUAGUCCGGGAGCGUCCUAGCGGAGCGGUGGCCUGGGCGCAGGGGGGCGGCCCCCACUCCGGCCGGGUGCCCGGCCGCUGGCCCCUGCCUGCCCUCCAGACUGCGGCCGCCGCCGCAGCCGCCGCUGCCUGGAGUCUGCUUGCUGCUGGACUCACUGUUCCUUUCAGCCCUGCCUCCUUAACCCUAGGAAAAGAUCCAAGGUCCGGUCCCCUCUGCCUGUGGAAGGAACAAGGAUUAUUUCUCAGCUCCUGCCUUGACUUCUGUCCUACCCCAACCUUACUUGAGAGAGUCUUCUCUCCAUGGAGUUCGGCCUACUCAGCGAGGCGGAGGCCCGGAGCCCGGCCCUGUCGCUGUCAGAAGCGGGUACUCCCCACCCCCCACUCCCAGAACACGGUUGCAAGGGCCAAGAACACAGCGACUCGGAGAAGGCCUCGGCUUCGCUGCCGGGCGGCUCCCCCGAAGACGGCUCGCUGAAGAAGAAGCAGCGGCGGCAGCGCACGCACUUCACCAGCCAGCAGCUGCAAGAGCUGGAGGCUACCUUCCAGAGGAACCGCUACCCUGACAUGAGCACGCGCGAAGAGAUCGCCGUGUGGACCAACCUCACCGAGGCACGCGUGCGGGUGUGGUUCAAGAACCGGCGCGCCAAGUGGCGGAAGCGCGAGCGCAGCCAGCAGGCGGAGCUGUGCAAGGGCGGCUUCGCCGCGCCUCUCGGGGGGCUCGUGCCACCCUACGAAGAGGUGUACCCCGGCUACUCCUACGGCAACUGGCCACCCAAGGCGCUCGGCCCGCCGCUCGCCGCCAAGACCUUCCCCUUUGCCUUCAACUCAGUUAACGUGGGGCCUUUGGCUUCGCAGCCCGUCUUUUCGCCAUCCAGCUCCAUCGCUGCCUCCAUGGUGCCCUCGGCCGCCGGCGCCCCAGGCACCGUGCCAGGGCCUGGGGCACUGCAGGGCCUGGGCGGGGGGGCCCCCGGGCUGGCUCCGGCCGCAGUGUCCUCUGGGGCAGUGUCCUGCCCUUACGCCUCUGCCGCCGCAGCUGCUGCAGCAGCCGCUUCCUCUCCCUACGUGUAUCGGGACCCGUGUAACUCGAGUCUGGCCAGCUUGAGGCUCAAGGCCAAACAGCACGCCUCUUUUAGCUACCCCACGGUACCCGGGCCGCCCCCGGCAGCCAACCUCAGUCCGUGUCAGUACGCCGUGGAAAGGCCCGUAUGAGUGAGUGGCCCAGCCCGUCGGUCAUCCCCAAGGGCGAGGUCGAUCAUUCACAGCCUCCCUGGACUGGUCGUCUUGACUGGCUCGCCCCCGCCCCGGUCCCAGAGCGACGCUGGGGCAGCUGGGGGGAGGGAGGCGCCGGCUCGGGAGACAGCCUUUCGUCUCCCAGCUCAAAGGGGUGGACUGGGCCCUCCGCACGGUCCAGGGACUUAGCGCCCCUGGGACUAAGGCCAGGAACAGGGACCAGUUCCCCCGGGGCCGAGUCACCCUUGGCCCACCCCGACUUCUCCAGACUCCUCCUCUCCCAUUUAUCAUUUUCAAAGAUAAAUGAAAUAAAUGUGCGCGGACUGUCAAAGGCCUGAUGUUUCAGAGUUGCGGUGGAGCCCUCUCCCCUCAUCCUCCCGCACAUUUAAAGGAGACCUUGGUGUACAGGAAAGACACCUUCUUCUACAGGAAAGGUCCAACUUCUAGGGCUUCAGUGCCCUUCAGUCGCUAACACCAGGAUGAGGAAGUCCGAGGAUACCUAGAGCAGAGGGGCGCACGCGUGUUUGCCUGUUUGUGUGGAAGGCCUGGGGACCAGCUACUGGGCCGGCGUUGGCCAAAGCUGGUGCUGCAGCGCCACCUUGUGGUCUCGCGGAGGAUAACGGGAAGAUCUUGCCUGGAGCACUCACUAGUAGGUGUCACUUCUGCAACUUAGGAAGCCUAUGACCUUAGAUAAGUUACUCUGCCUUUCUGUACCUAUUUCUCACUGUUCCA